AUGGAAGAAGAAUUGGUGGUGAUCUCGAAGAGCAUCUUAAAUCCCAGAAAUGUUAGCUCCGUGAAGAAGAAGAAGAUUCAUCUUACUCCAUGGGAUCUCUCUCGUCUUCGCUUUGGUUAUCUUCAAAGAGGUCUUCUCUUUCCCAAACCUGAUCUCAAAAUUGACAUAGUAAUCUCACGAUUAAAAGCUUCACUCUCUGUUGCACUUGAUCGUUUCUAUCCUUUAGCUGGUCGUCUUGUCAAGGUAGAGAACGACGACGACACCGUCUCGUUUUUCAUCAGCUGUGAUGGUUCUGGUGUGGAGUUUGUUCACGCCGUGGCUAGGAACAUCGAGGUCAGUGAUGUCCUUCGGUUGCCUGGUUCUGUCCCCGGGUUUCUCAGUUCCUUCUUUCCCGCGACAGGGAUCAAGAACUAUAACGGUGUCUCGAGAUCUUUACUUAUGGUUCAAGUGACUGAGAUGAAAGACGGAGUUUUUAUCGGUUUUGGUUAUAACUCUACCGUUGCUGACGGAAAAUCAAUCUGGAAGUUUGUUAACGAGUGGUCUGAGAUUUGCUCGAAGGAUUCGGGAUUCGAAACUUUCCAGCGUCAACUUCACCUCAAAGGUUGGUUCUUUGAUGGGAUUGAUUAUCCAAUCCAUAUUCCAGACCCUGAAGCAAAAGCAACUAGUUAUGCAACAUCAACCAAUUUGCAAGAGAAGAUGUUUCAUGUUACAAAGGAGAAUGUUUUGAAACUGGAAGGUAAAGCUAACGGUGAGGCUGAUCAGAAGAUCUCUUCUAUACAAGCGGUGUUAGGACUGAUAUGGCGUUCAAUGAUUAAGCACAGUGGCAUGAGCCGAGAAGAAGAGACGCAUUGCAGGUUACCUAUAAACAUGAGGCAAAGGCUCAAUCCACCGCUCGAAGAAGAGUGUUUUGGGAAUGUGAGCCCGACGGGUAUAGCCAUAGUCACGGUUGGGGAGCUGCUGGACCACGGACUGCGCUGGGCUGCUGCAGAAAUAAACAAAAUGGUCGAGUCACAAACGGAUAAAAAUGCCAAAGCGUUAGCAGAGAAUUGGGUGAAAAAUGUCAAGAUUCCGGUUUCUGUUGGUAGCAAAGAUUUAGUUGUCACUAACUCUCACCAGUUCGAUGUGUACUGCAACGAUUUCGGCUGGGGUAAACCGAUAGCUGCAAGAGCUGGACCACCAUAUCUCAAUGGGAGACUUGUUGUUUUCCAAGGAGUUGAAGAAGGAAGUCUUGAUUUUCAGGCAUGUUUACAACCUGAAGUAGUGGAAAAACUAUCAAUGGAUAUUGAUUUUACGAGUUAUGUGACCAUUAUAUGA